GACUCCUCCAUUGUUCUUUCGUUUCAUUCCUACUGCGAACCGUCUGAGUAAGUCGCUCCAGUUUUAUGCGAAGUGACUCGUUUCUCGCACAUUAACGUGGUGAGGGCAUGGCGGCUGCUCACGUUUAAUCCACAUUGUCAUCGCGCAGGCUUGUUUUUGUGAGGCGCGUCGCUGCCCGCCUCGCCACAUUGUGCUGUUUGUAAAAUGUUGCGUUCAGAUUCAAAACAUCUCAGCGUCACGCUCGACUCUUUAUCUAGUUAACGUGCGGAACGAUGAGUUAAAACUUCAACAGAAACAACAGGAAACAGGAAGAAGUUUGAUCGAACGUGUUGAUGUCGCCUUUAACUCUGCAGGUACUUGGUGGUGUAGAAAAGGAAACUGUAAGCUAGACAUGGAUACUGAAAGGAGCAGUGAGGUUUUGGAUGCAUCUCCACAGCAAGAGGAGGUUGUAAUGGAAAAAGAGGCUGUGUCAAAACUAGAGGCGCCAGAAGAGUCCACAGAGCCUGAGAAGCCACCAGCUGCUGCUGAAGAGACAGAGCAGCUGGCAGUAAACGGCCAUGAUACAGAAGUCAUAAACUUUAAAGAAACAGAGGAGCUGAUUGUGACAGAAAAUGUGGCGCUGUCCGAGCAGAAAGCAGAUGGUGACGGCUCACCCAAAGAUGCAUCUGACCUGGAGUCAGCACCCAUUGUAGAGGCUUCACCAGAACCAGAUGAGUCAUCUGAAAAGAUCUCUGACCCAGUUGCAGCUUUCGAGGCAGAACCAGAAAAAUUAGAGCCUGAACAGGAGCCUGUGCCAGAGAAAGACCCAGAACCUCUGCCCGUGAAAGCAACUCUGGCAGAGAGUGUCUCUGUGCCAGAGCCAGAGAAAUUGACAGAAUCGGAACCAGAAGCUGAGGUAGAAGAGCAAACAUUACCUGAACCAGUCACGCUGCAGCAGCCAGUAGAUGCACAACCAGCCGGCGAAGAAGAGAUUGUGCCAGAACAAGUGGAGACCAAAGCAGAACUGCAGGCAAUGGAUUUGGGGGCAGAAAUUGCCAAAGAGGAGGAGGCAGAAAACAAUGUGGCAGCUGAGCCUCUAAAUGAGGUGCAAGAAGAAAAAUCAGCGGACACAGAGAAGGCUGCCGAGAUGCUUAUAGUGACAGAAGUUGCCUCAGAAAAGCCAACAGAGGCUGUGCCAUUGAAGGAGGAAGAUUCAGCUGAAGUUGAAGAGGAAAAAUCUGCAGAGGACAAGAAGGAAGCUGAACCUGAAAAAGCAGAGCCUGAAACUCUGAAGGAAGCCGAAGCAGUAGCAGCAGAAGUCGUUGAGUCUGAGCAGAACAAUCCUGAGCUUGUAAAAGAUGAAGAUACUGUCCCUGCAUCUGGCUCCCUGUCCUUUGCCCUCCUGGAACGAGAGCAGACCAAAGACGCCCUCCGCACCUCUCGCACCUUAAUUGUCCUCCGAGGCCUGCCAGGGAGUGGGAAAAGCUUCUUGGCGCGUGCCAUAGCUGAUGCCUACAAAGACCACUGCUCUGUCAUCUGUGCUGACGACCACAGUGUAAAGCCAGAGAAUCCAGAAUCGUCUGCAAGUGGAUACAAGGCUCUCGACGAGGCCGUGGUGAGCUGUUGCACUGCAGGAAAAACUUUGCCUGUGCUCAUAGUGGUGGACGACACCAACCACAGCCAGGACAGGCUGGGCCGCAUGGGGGAGAUUGCUGAGGAACAUCACCUUGUGGCUAUCUUCUUGGAGCCGCAAACGGCAUGGAGCUGCGAUGUAGCACAGCUGACAACGAAGAACAGCCGAGGACUAGAGGAGGCCCAGCUGGAUGCCAUGAAGGGUCCACUUGAGGAAAUGUCAAUCCCUUUUUACUUUGGCUUCUUUCUUCUCUCGUCCGUCCAGGACAAAAUUCGGUGCACAUCCAUGGACUUCCUUAAAACACUGGACACCUUGGAGGCCUUCAAGACACACAUGCUGGACUUCACUGGUAAAGCUGAUAAAGAGGUGGAUCUGGAGCAGUACUUUAAAACCAAAGGAACCCUCCACUGCACUACCAAAUUCUGCAACUAUGGGAAAGCUGAGGGUGCCAAAGAGUAUGCACAGAAGCAAGCUGUUAAAGAUUUAUAUGGUUCCACAUUCGAGCUAGCACUGAGCGCUCUCUUUGUCACUCCUCGCACCGUCGGUGCCAGAGUGUCCCUCACCGAGGAGCAGCUCCUGCUGUGGCCGGAUGAUGCCGAAAAGGAGGCAGAGUCUGCUGUCCCUGCAGCUGCCUCCCUGCCUUUGGGAAGCCGCGCCCAUGUCACUCUAGGGUGUGCUGAUGGCGUAGAGUCCGUUCAAACAGGCCUGGAUCUCCUGGACAUCCUGGCUCUACAGCAGGAGGGCCAGAAGGGGGAGGUGGAUGUGGAGAUGGAGCUUGGCUUGCUGACCUAUUACGGUGAGGGAAGGUGGCUGCUCAGCCUCAGGCAGCCCAUCUGCGCCCCGGCCUGCUUCUCCAGCUUCUACAGGCGCAAGGAGCCGGAGUUGACCAAAAAAGAACCAGAGAAGAAAAAGAAGUCCAAGUGCAUUAUUCUGUAAAUGGCAAAACACGGGGAUGUGUGGCUGGGAUGGCUGGUGAAUUAAAACUUAGGCGUACUCUGUGCGAGCUUUGUGUGUUUGUGCAGGGUAUAGGGAUAUCGUAAUAGCCACCCUAAUAACCACGAGCUGUGUGCCUUUACUGUUACUUUGCACCACAACCCGAGAUGCCUUCAGUUGGGUUAGGCUUGUUGUUGUUGUCAGUGUUCAGUGUCUUGUCUCACACAUCGGUGCCAGAGUUGCAGUACCUGCCGAUUUGCUGAUAUUUCGUUAGCUGCAGUUAUAGCUAGUAUAGCCUCCUCACUCAGUUCCACAGUUACCUGAAACUUUACAUUUCCUCUACUAUACAUGUUGGUGUUUCUCAGUAUUCAGACGUGAAAGUUAAUUAGGUACUUUGCAUGCAUCUCGGUAACAGUAGCAACGUAUUAACACAUUUCUGAAAAGAAGUAGCUCCGCCUCUCCAACAGAAUUGUCUGGCGUUUCUUUUGGCUUAGUUGAAAUUUCUCAAAUAAACAGUUAUUUUCAUGCAAGUGUGCAUGUGUGCAGCCUAGGAAGCAAUGUUAUGCAUUAGAUUGAAUGUAACUUAUAGAGGAUCUUCUAUGUAAAUCUUUGCACUGUCUAUAGUUUAAACGGGAGUUUGUUGAUGAGUUUGGCAUCUGUCUCAGCAGCUUGUUCUAGCACUCAAAUGCUGUGAAAAGAAUUUCAUGUUUUGCAAUCUUUUCUACUGUGCAAGACUGCACCAUUGAUCCCGUUUAUCCCCUGAGAACAGCCCUUCAUGUAUUGCAUUUCAAUUUGUGUCCCAUGUCAAGGUAAUUUCUGAAGGGCAACCCCUACUCUUUGUAGCUCUUAUGAAUCACUAUUUUUGCACUUGUUUUCUAAACUUAAUAAAGAAAAGAACUUGCUUUGCUCCAGUAA